AUGGCCCCCGCACCCUCCCCCCCUCCUAUAGAGGGCCCCCCCGUAGAUUCGGGGGGAAAUUCAGAUAGUGUGGCUAAGAAAGCCACAAAAGAGGUUAUGCCUGAACUGGCAGUGUGUUUGGGCCGCAGGCUCGACAUGAACGCCCAUAAGGGCGCAGAAGAGAGUAUGGAGGUGGGUAACCUGGCUCAAGAGUUGGGUGGCCCUUGCACUCGGUCUCGCGCGAGCUCAGUAACGGGCAACCUGAUCGAGUUUGUGCGACCGUCAGAGACCUCAGUUGGUGGGCGCAAAAAGAGGCGCCUUGACAAUGGGGCAGAGUAUGACUCUGCAGACUCCGCGACGAGCUCCGUUGAUAUGGAAAUAGCGGGGCUCGCCGUGAAGAAGGGGAAGACUCCCAAGGAAGGGAGACAAUAUGUGGGUCCAGGGGCCGCAAAAGCGGCUCUGACCAAAGAUCGGAGGAAGGAGUUCCUCAGGGUCCCAGGAAGCGACUCUGAAGGGGAUGAUGAGGCAGCAGAGCCCCGUACUGUCCGAUCUGGGGUAAAGGCCCCCAGGAACCCCACCGACCCGGCAGAAGUACACCUCCAUAAAGUGCGGGAGGCAAUGGUCGAGAAGACCAUGGAGGUUCUAGGGGUGGUGAAGAAGUCGGGGAACUUGAAGGGGACCUGCCAGAAGCAAAUCAAGAGUGCACUGGCAAGGCUGAAUUCCCUGGCUGAGUCCCUGGAUGCGGACCUCAUCCCGAGGUCAGUGACGCCUCUUCUGAAGAGGAACUCCGACAUUGAGUCGGAACUCCACAAGCUCCGGAAGGAGAAUGAGGAGCUCAGGGCCAGGGUGGCCGCUGCUCCCCCUCCGGAGAACUUGAGGCCGACCCCGGUGUACAACCACGGGGCAUAUCCCAGGAGAGGGAAUGACUGGGACACGUUUAGGUCCCAGAUCAUGGAGGAUGUAGGCCGCAUGAUGGAGCGGCAAACCGCCGAACUCAUGCGGCAGGUGAGGAGCAUGGUUGCCCCGCAACCGGUGUCGGUGGACAUGGAUGACCAAGUCCCCGACUAUGUGUACCGGCCCCCACUACAAAAUGGGGACAAGAUAGAGGCCUACCGCCAGCAGGGCAAUAUCAGGCCAGGGGUAGGCCCCCAACCCAGUGGGAGUAAGGCGCCGCAAUCGGCGUCACGCAAGAAGGCGGGGAAAGUAGGCCAGUCACAGCCUACCUCCUCCAAAAAGACGGAGGCUACGACUGCUUCUCAGCAGUCCACGGCGGCGGUGGAAUCAUGGGCCACCGUCGUUAGGAAGAACGGACGCACCACCAGCGUCCCGGAGCCGAAGGCUGGCCCCUCCGGGACCCAGGGUAAAGGGAAGACAGGGUCACAAACGGUUAUCCUCGCCCUCCCGCAAGAAGCGGAAAAAGCUGGAGCCACUUAUGCUGGCAUACUUAGAGAGGCCAAGGCGAAAAUAGACCUGGCUUCUCUAGGUAUAGAGGAGCUCCGCUUCAAGUCGGCGGCAACGGGGGCGAGGAUCCUUGAGAUCCCGGGCUCCCAGAGCGGGGGAAAGGCCGACGCGUUGGCCCAAAAGCUGAGGGAGGUCCUCGGGGAAAACCCCGUACAGGUCUCCAGGCCCACCAAAACCGCAGAGAUGCGGAUAAUGGGCCUGGAUGACUCGGUCACCCCCGAGGACAUCACGCACGCAGUCGCCAGGGACGGCGAGUGUGCGCCCGAGGAGGUUAAGGCUGGGGAAAUCCGCCUAAACCCCUCGGGACUGGGCACUUGUUGGGUGCGGGCGCCGAUCUUAGUGGUCAAGAAGAUCACUACGGCAGCCCGCAUCAAGGUGGGUUGGGUGUCGGCCCCGGUCGAGCUCCUGAGGCAGAGGCCGCUGAGGUGCUUUAAGUGCCUUCAGACGGGCCAUGUAAGGAUGCGGUGCCCGCAGUGGCCUCUGCUUCAGAUGCAGCAAACCGGGCCACAAAGCCGCCGGCUGCACAGCAGCCCCGAGUUGCGUCAUCUGCCGCGAGGCAGGCAAGCCGGCGGAUCAUUGGAUGGGGAGUAA